AUGAACACGCACCAUCAUUGGGAUCAUGCGGGAGGCAACAAAAAACUAUUGUCUGCAUUGUCUUCUCAACUACCCGUCAUCGGAGGCAAGGACUGCGAAGCCGUUACACAGACCCCAGCCCAUGGGUCAAAAUUCUCGAUAGGCAAAAAUAUCCAGGUGACUGCUCUACACACGCCUUGCCACACACAGGAUAGUAUUUGCUGGUUCAUGGAGGACAAGUCGACAAGCGAGCGGGUCGUUUUUACUGGUGAUACCUUGUUCAUCGGCGGGUGCGGUAAAUUCUUCGAGGGUAAUGGUACAGAGAUGAACAAGGCCCUCAAUGACAUCCUGGCGUCCUUACCAGAUGAUACCAAGGUUUACCCCGGGCACGAAUAUACCAAGUCCAACGUUAAAUUUCUGAAGAAAGUUGACGGGAAUAACGAGGCGGUGAAAAUGCUGGAAAAGUUUGCGGACGAAAAUAGGGAAACACAGGGUAAGUUUACCAUCGGCCAGGAAAAAGCACACAAUGUGUUUAUGCGGGUGAAGACGGAGGAGAUGAAGAAGGUCACGGGUAAAACGGAGCCCAGCGAGGUCAUGGCUCAGCUGCGAGAGAUGAAGAACGCGAGUUGA